GCGAGGGAAAUCCUGGACGCCAGCCUCCGUCCCUGCCAGCCCAGGCUGCCCGCCCGCGGCCGCGGGGAGCAGGGUUUGAACAUGGGCACCCAGCCACACGCCGUGACCAAGACAGAGGUCCCCGACCAUGUUCUUUACACGGUAGGAACAUGUGUGCUCAUUAUUGGCUCCAUUGGCAUCAUUGGAAACCUCCUAGUUCUCUACGCGUUUUACAGCAACAAGAAGCUGAGGACACCCCAAAACUACUUUAUAAUGAAUUUGGCUGCGAGCGACUUUCUGAUGUCGGCUUCUCAGGCACCCAUGUGCUUUGUCAACAGCUUGCACGGAGAGUGGAUACUUGGAGAUAUAGGCUGUGACUUGUACGCUUUCUGUGGGGCGCUCUUCGGAAUAACCUCAAUGAUGACUUUAUUGGCUAUUUCUGUUGACCGCUACCUUGUGAUCACUAAGCCCCUGCGAUCCAUACAGUGGACUUCAAAGAAACGCACCAUCCAGGUCAUCGCUGUUGUGUGGCUGUACUCGCUGGGAUGGAGCGUGGCUCCGCUCCUCGGGUGGAGUUCCUAUGUGCCUGAGGGCUUGAUGAUAUCCUGUACGUGGGACUAUGUAACCUAUUCUGCUGCAAACAGAAGUUACACCAUGAUUUUAUGUUGCUGCGUGUUUUUUAUUCCCCUGAUAAUAAUAUUCCAUUGCUAUUUAUUUAUGUUCCUGGCCAUAAGACGUACUGGCAGAGACGUUCAAAAGCUGGGGUCCUGCAGCCGGAAAUCCUACCUCUCCCAGUCCAUGAAGAAUGAAUGGAAACUGGCAAAAAUUGCUUUUGUGGUCAUCGUUGUGUUUGUCUUGUCCUGGUCUCCAUAUGCUUGCGUCACCUUGAUUGCCUGGGCAGGUCGAGGCAACACCCUAACACCAUAUUCCAAAUCUGUGCCAGCAGUUAUUGCCAAAGCUUCUGCAAUCUACAACCCCAUCAUAUAUGCAAUAAUUCACCCAAGAUACAGAAAAACCAUCCACAAUGCUGUUCCCUGCCUGAGGUUCCUAAUACGAAUAUCAAAGAAUGACCUCCUGAGAGGGUCCAUAAAUGAAUCAUCAUUCAGGACCUCUCUCUCCAGUCAUCAAUCUCUUGCUGGCAGGACCAAGAGCACUUGCGUUUCGUCAGUUUCCACUGGAGAAGCUACGACUGAUUACACUAUGAUGCCUGAGAGUAUCAACUGUGAUGAUUUUAUAAACUGUAAAAUUCACAGAUUAUCCUUACAAUAUGAGACCUGGAGCGAUGUAGAGCUUGACCCUGUAGAACCAGCUCAUAAGAAACUGCAGCCUCGACGGAGUCAUUCUUUCUCAACAAGUGUGAGACAGGAGAAGAGAGACCUGAUCCCAAAGACCUGCAGCUGUGAUGCAGCAACUGCAGAAAAGGUUUCCCUCUCCUCCGGCUCUUUGGAGAAGGUGCUUGGGCGGUCAGUCCUACGCAGUCCCCCUGCAAUGCUCGUGACCAGCUCCCUCAAAGCAGCUUCUCUGCCUGUUGGCUUGAAUAGCAACGGUGUCAGCAGAGCUGGAGACUCAGACGCUUCACAGAUGGCAACUCAAGAAAGUCAAGUUGAUGGAGUCCUGGGUUCUAUCAUUAGCAAUACAGUCCCUCGCAUCAUCAUCAUUCCUACCUCAGAGACCAACCUAUUUCAAGAGGAACUGGAAGAGGAAGAGACUGAAUUAUUCCACUUUCAUGACAAAAAGGGCAAUCUGCUGGACUUGGAAGGGCUUAGCUCAUCCACGGAGUUCCUUGAAGCUGUUGAGAAAUUUCUAUCAUAAGUUUGUCAAAAGAAAACUUUCCUGUAAUUAUUUUUUUGGCAUCUUCUCCACUUAAUUAUACCAAAUAACCAAAGCCUUGUAGGUUAGAUCAUCAGACUUUUUGUAUGUUUAUACAGUAGUCACUAGGCAGCCUUCAGAUUUGUCUUUGUCCAGACCACCUCAGGCAUGGAAACAGGCUUUCUUUCAGAUUGUGCUGCAGGAAAUGAGCAGUGGAAGAUCUGGCAGCACGAUCGAGUGGCAUCGGUCGAGUCGGCCGCCUGCUUCGUGGGGCCCUGAUUUGUAACCACAAAUGGAGUUGCCAGCAGAAGGAAAAAUGACUGAGCGAGAGCAGGAAGAGCUGCUGAAUGUUUCUGCUACCUGUGUGUGAAACAGCAUUCCUGUUUUGGCAGCUCCCUUCUGGACGGCGAUGGGAAGCGCCACCAGACCACAGCUUCUACCAGCCCCAGUGAUGACUCAGACAGUUAGAUGAUCUGAACUAUCUUUUAAUCAAAUUAUUUUUGGUUUGAAGUUCUUUUUCUUCUUAUUUUUUAAAUAGUCAGCUUGCUAAACAUAAA